CGCUCACAUUCUCUUUAACAGAGACGAAGAAGAAGAGGGGGAAGAGGAAUGGCGUCAUCGUCGAGCAGUGGAUUAACAUUCAAGCUACAUCCGCUUGUGAUAGUAAACAUAUCGGACCACUACACAAGAGUAAAAUCUCAGAUGAAUCCUCCUUCCGCUACUUCUAACAACGGUACCCAGCCACGUGUCUACGGAUGCGUUAUAGGUAUUCAAAGAGGACGCACCGUUGAGAUCUUCAACAGUUUUGAGCUUCUCUAUGAUUCUUCCACUCACUCCCUCGACCGUGCUUUCCUCGAGAAGAAGCAAGAGCUUUAUAAGAAGGUUUUCCCGCACUUCUAUAUACUUGGAUGGUAUUCUACAGGAAGUGAUGCUGAGGAAUCUGAUAUGCAUAUUCAUAAAGCUUUAAUGGAUAUCAAUGAAAGCCCCGUUUAUGUCCUUCUUAAUCCUGCCAUCAAUCAUGCCCAAAAAGAUCUCCCUGUCACUAUCUACGAAAGCGAGCUACAUGUCAUAGAUGGGAUUCCACAGCUUAUUUUUGUUCGUUCAAGCUAUACUAUUGAGACAGUAGAAGCUGAAAGGAUCUCAGUUGAUCAUGUUGCACAUUUAAAACCCUCUGAUGGAGGUUCAGCAGCAACUCAGUUAGCUGCUCACCUUACUGGCAUACAUAGUGCUAUCAAGAUGCUUAAUAGCAGAAUCAGGGUACUUCAUCACUAUCUCCUUGCAAUGCAGAAAGGUGAUAUUCCUUGUGAGAAUUCUUUGCUAAGGCAAGUGUCAAGCCUCCUGAGAAGAUUGCCAGCCAUUGAAUCAGAAAAAUUCCAAGAUGAUUUUUUGAUGGAAUAUAAUGAUACACUGUUGAUUGCUUACUUGGCUAUGUUCACCAACUGUGCAAGUACGAUGAACGAGUUGGUGGACAAAUUCAACACUGCAUAUGACAGGCACAGUCGUAGGGGUGGACGGACUGCAUUUAUCUGAAAGCUGCUUGCUCUUGUUUUUGGGGAUUUGCUGACUAGUUAAUUCCCUCGCUGCAGCUGUUAUUUAUGAGUGCAGAGCAAAUAGAAGCCUAGGAAUUAUAUUGCCGGACCUUAGACAACUCAAAAAAGAAAUAGAAACCUAAUUAUUUUUUUCAUUUUUUCCCUUGUUCUGUUCUGGAUUUGCAUAUUGCACUGUUUACUUGUUUUUCUCCUCGAGGUGGAAAGAGUUGGCCCUGCCUGCUGCUUAGUGCGUGGGCUCUUGCAUAUCCACUUCCUAUUUGGCGUAUUAUAAUA